GUUUAGUUUAGUGCGUUUCUGUGGAUUACUUGCGUUCAGCCUGAUGUACGAUCGAAUAAUUACAUUUAUAAUGGGAUAUUAUCGUAAUAAUUUAUACAAUUUAUACUUAAACUUUCAGUCGGGCCGCUUGUGAAAGUGCCGUGUUCGUCCUUACCAACGCUGAGUGGUCCAGAUGUCUGUACGUAAAUGUGAUUUCCUCGCGAGGCUCAGACGGACACAGUGCACCGGUUUGAGGGCAGUUUUCUUUUUAAACUACCGGACAUUUGAUGCGGUGUUACUCUGUCAUUAACCUCAAGAGCAUGAAAACAUUAAGAUUUGGCCUAACUCUUGUUCGACAUGGGGAAACCCAGUACAACAAAGAAGGCCUCCUACAAGGCCAGGCUAUAGAUUCACCUCUGUCUGAGACUGGGCUACAGCAGGCCGAGGCUGCAGGCCAGUACCUGAAAGAUGUCAAGUUCAGCAACGUGUUUGUCAGUGAUAUGCUGCGGGCCCGACAGACUGCUGAAACAAUAAUGAAACACAACAGCAGUUGUUCUGGUCUACAAAUGGCAUGUGACCCUUUACUUAAAGAGAUAAGCUUCGGAAUAGCAGAGGGUGGACGAGUGCAGGAUGUGAAGGACAUGGCCAAGGCAGCCGGUCAGUCAUUUCCGGGCUUCACACCUCCAAAGGGGGAGACUCAGGAGCAGGUGAAGGAACGGGUCAAAGAGUUUAUGGAGAAAAUGCUCCAGCGAAUUGGAGACGAACACUGGAAUCACAGAGGGGAGGAUGAAACCUCCUCAUCUGCUCCACCAGAAACAUCUCCUGUGGAGGGGAAGCCAGAUGAUGGGGUCAGGGGUGUCCCAGUCCAUGCUUUGGUUGUCACCCACGGAGCGUACAUGUGUGUGGUAGUGCGCUACUUUGUGGAGGAGUUGCAUUGUUCUUUGCCCCAGGGUUCAGACAAAGCACAUAUGUUCGCUUUAAGUCCUAACACAGGACUCUGUCGGUUUAUACUAACUCUGAGAAAAGAGGACGACAGGUUCAAAUUGUCAGGGAUCAGCUGUGUGUUCGUCCACAGGGGCGACCAUGUUAAACAGUAGGAGCAGAGAGGGCUAGAUGACAGGAUGGAAGACAGAGGUUUGAAGGAAAAACUACUGAGACUUAAUACUGAAAGUUUACAAUUCAGAUGAUUAUUUUAAAAUGUUGCUUAUUUAUUUUUUUCAUUUGGAGCUUAGUCACCUCACAAUACAGUUCAUUCAAUUAAUGGGCAAGUUGUUUAUUAUUCGUAUGUUUUCACAGUGGAAUUAUCAAGAUAAACAUAAUGCGUUUUCAUCAUUUUAUACAGUGGCCUACAGUGUUGUAUAUUCAGGAUUUUAAUGCAAUUUCAUGGUUUUAGCACCUUGAUUUCACCUCAGAUAGUUUGUGUUGCAGAACAAUGUCAUCAUCACUUUGUUACUGUCUAGUUGUUCAUUACUGUAAAAGUGGGCAGUUUUGUGCUCUAAUGAGUCUGAGUUUCUAUAUAUACUCUCCAGGAGAUGAUAGAUUUUAUGGAGGAACACAGACCACAACUGCAACAGUGUUGACUUUUUGGAAAUCAGUGACUUUUUCAUUGUUGUGAAUUAACACUUCGCUCAACAAGGACAAACACAAGCCAAGACCUCAUGUGUUGUACUUUAGCAUGUGUGCACUGUUUCUGCACUGCAUUUUGUCACUCCACUCUCACUGUAAAACUAAAUUAUUUAUAGAGGUAUUUCAUACUGUGAAAUCUAGGGAUUGUACAGUAUGUGACUACUGAAAUGGAUUGUAUGGAAAAAAGUAUUUUACAGAUUCAGUGGCUUGUUGUCACUGGGUUUUUGUAAAUGAAAACACUGUAAUGUAAGAAUGCUGUCCACUUCUUGAAUAAGAAAUUGUAGCUGUUGCAUGUUUCUGUGUCAUAGUGUUAAUUUUGGAGACCUGAUAGGUGUCCUGAUAAAACUCCUUAAAUACACACAU